AGGCCGGUUCAGAGAAGCGCUGUCACGACUCACGAGUCAUUUCUUCCGGAAACGAAAGAAAGAAGCCUCUCUGCUUCACAUCUCUUCAACAGCACUGCUAACGCAGAUUGACGUUUGUGACACCGAAAGCUCCAUUUUUGUAAUCAGUCGCUCGUUCGUUUCUUCUUUCAUUAUAUCAGACAAUCAAUGUCGUCACCAGCCUGGAUAACACAGGAAGUGCAAUCUGCAGCUUCUGGGGUAGUUGCCGAAGCCUCUGUCUCGGGACCACUUGUUGCAGGGUCAAAUAUUGGCCCUCCAACUCCAACUGCUGCUCCUCCAGCUCCAGUGGUCGGCCCACUAACUCCGAAGGGUCCAUAUAGUACUGCAAGUGAUGCAGUGCAAGAUCCUGUCAGAGCGAAAUUUGUCAAUGCACCGGGAUAUGUUGUUCCUGCACCUUCAUUUACUUACAAUGUGGUUCCUAAGGCUAACAGUUUGUCUGGAAGCUCUCAGCACCUUUCAUCUAGUAAUGCUUUAAAGUCAAAUCCAGCAGAGUCUGCAGCAACACUUCAACCUCCAGUACCUGGUCAGUCUUCAAGUGGAUCCACUUUGUCAUACAAUAUCUCGCCAGCUAUAGUUGGGACCCCUAGUGGCCAGCAGUUUCAGUCAGGCAAUGUUAGUGUUUCAGGUCGCUCAGAGGGUGCUAAGACUACUGCAACAAGUGCAGUACCCCAACAACCUCCAGUUUCAGGGCAGCUUACUCCAUUUGCUUCUGUAACUGCUGCUCAGAUGAUGCCACCUCUGAUACCCUCCCCUGUCUCUGUUCCAAAAGGAGCCUCAUCUAUUGCAGCAGGUUUUUCUUUUGGUGGGAUUUCUCAAUUGGCGCAGAAGGAUCCAUCUUCAAAUUCUAAUGCCUCAGCUACAGUUGUAAAAGGAGCUGGGACUUCAUCAGCCACAUCGUCUAGUGCACAGUCUGUACCAUUAUCUGUUAAUACUUCUAGUUCUUCAAUGACUAUUCCUGUGAGUCAUAACUCAUAUCCUGCAACUAUAUGGAUGUCCACUGCUCCAUCUUUUCCUGGUUCCGUGGGAAUGCUGGGAACACCUGGAACACCUGGACCUCCAGGUAUAGCUCCAUCUGCAUCAAUGUCUACUGUUGCAGUCCGGUUGGCAGCCCCAGAUUCUUCAUCCACUGCGGUGCCAAGACCCCUCAUAACAUCUACAACUGCAGCUCCGUCAAAUCCAAUCUUGCAACAGCCGAUAUAUCCCCCCUAUUCACCUUUGCUUCCUAUGGCUCCAUCCCCCCAGGGAUGGCUAACCCCACAGAUUGGUGGCUUGCAGAGGCCUCCAUUUCUACAAUACCCUGGUGUACUUCCAGGUCCCUUUCCUAUGCCCAUACGGGGCAUGCCUGUUCCUUCUGUUCCGAUCCCUGAAUCACAACCUUCUGGUGUUUCUCCAAUAGGACCUCCUGGAGGAACUCCCACAUCAUCUGUGGGAUCUGGUAAUCAGCUGGUGAACAAUACAGGGAAACAAUCUGAAGUAUCCUCUCCAGGAAUUGAUCAAGGGAAACAUGCUAAGGAUGGAGGUGCUGUCAAUAAUGAAGAACUGGUUGCUUGGACGGCCCACAAGACUGAGACAGGAGCUGUGUAUUACUAUAAUGCAUUCACUGGAGAGUCAACUUACGAGAAACCUGCUGGCUUUAAAGGGGAGCCAGAGAAAGUCACAGAGCAGCCUACUCCUGUUUCAUGGGAGAAGUUGGCUGGUACUGACUGGACAUUAGUCACUACAAAUGAUGGAAAGAAGUAUUAUUACAGCACCAAGACUAAGGUAAGUAGCUGGCAAAUUCCGGCUGAGGUUGCAGAGAUGAGAAAGAAGCAGGAUGGUGACUCUUUAAAAGAAAAUACAUCAUUGGUGCAAAACACUGGUGUAUCAUCUGAUAAAGGAUCUGCUCCUAUUAGCUUGAAUGCCCCUGCCAUUAGCACUGGUGGUCGUGAUGCCACAGCUCUUAGACCUUCAGGUGCUGCAGGGUCGUCAUCUGCACUGGAUUUGAUAAAAAAGAAGCUGCAAGAUUCUACUACUCCAGUUACUUCCUCACCUCUUCCCACUUCCUCAGGGCCUGCCAUGAUGGAUUUAAAUGGUUUGAGAGCUGUUGAAGUUACGGUCAAGGGCCCACAGAGUGAGAGCAGCAAAGAUAAACAGAAAGAAGCUAAUGGGGAUGGGAAUGUGUCAGACUCCUCUUCAGAUUCAGAGGAUGUGGACAGCGGACCUACUAAGGAGGAAUGUAUUAUACAGUUUAAGGAGAUGCUUAAAGAACGUGGAGUGGCGCCAUUUUCAAAAUGGGAGAAGGAACUGCCGAAGAUUGUAUUUGACCCGCGUUUUAAGGCAGUUCCAGGUUAUAGUAGUCGAAGAGCACUGUUUGAACAUUAUGUUCGGACACGAGCUGAAGAGGUACGCAAGGAAAAACGAGCUGCUCAGAAGGCUGCGAUUGAGGGCUUCAAACAGCUGUUAGAAGAAGCUUCUGAGGAUAUUGAUCAUAAAACUGAUUACCAGACACUCAAAAAGAAAUGGGGCAAGGACCCACGGUUUGAGGCCUUGGACCGGAAAGAACGAGAGAAUUUAUUAAAUGAAAGGGUUCUUCCACUGAAGAAAGCUGCAGAAGACAAGAUUCAAGCAAUACGUGUGGCUGCUGCCUCUAACUUCAAGUCUAUGCUCCAAGAAAGGGGAGAUAUAAAUACAAGAUCUCGUUGGUCCAGGGUGAAGGAUAGCCUAAGGAAUGAUCCUAGGUAUAAGUCUGUUAAGCAUGAAGAAAGGGAAGUCUUAUAUAAUGCAUAUAUAUCUGAAUUAAAGGCUGUUGAAGAAGAAGCUGAGCAAGCUGCUAAAGUCAAGAGGGAGGAGCAAGAGAAAUUGAAGGAAAGGGAGCGAGAAACGCGAAAGCGAAAAGAGAGAGAAGAACAAGAAAUGGAGAGAGUGCGAGUGAAAGUUCGCCGAAAGGAAGCAGUUGCUUCUUAUCAAGCUUUACUUGUGGAAACAAUUAAAGAUCCUCAGGCAUCUUGGACUGAAUCAAAACCAAAACUGGAGAAGGAUCCACAAGGGCGUGCUGCCAACACUGAUUUAGAUCAAGGUGAUACGGAAAAGCUAUUCCGGGAACAUGUAAAGAUUUUGUAUGAGCGGUGUGCACGUGAUUUUAGAGCUCUGUUAGCGGAGGUCAUAACUGCUGAAGCGGCAUCGCAAGUCACACAAGAUGGGAAGACGGUUCUUACUUCUUGGUCCACAGCUAAAUCCCUUCUCAAAUCUGAUCCUAGAUAUUCAAAGAUGCCGAGGAAAGACAGGGAGACCCUUUGGAGGAGACAUGCUGAGGAAAUGAUGCGGAAGCAAAAGUCGGCAUCUGAUCCAAAGCAAGAAAAACACAAUAAGGAUACAAAGGAUCGAAGCUCUUUUGAUUCAGGAAGGUCACCAUCAGGGUCCAGGCGAACCCAUGGACACAGAUAGGUUGUGAAGGCUAUCCUGUCAAGGGCCUGAAUCAGUAGAGAUCCUGGGUGACAGUCUUCUUAACUGAUAAUCCACUGGUCUAUGCCUUGCUAUCCUUGUUAAAAAUGUUGAUACCGGAGUUAAAAUGUGGUAAGAGCCUCAAUUCCAUUGGGCUGUUCAGUUGUA